AUGGCCGACUUUCUCCUCCAUGAGAGCCCUAUGGGUUACUCUCUUUUCAAGGUCACCCACCAGGCCGACAGCGUUGGCAAUCGCCUCAAGGAGGUUCAGGAGGGUGUUAAUGACCUUGCCAAGUUUGGCAAGAUGGUCGAACUUAGCAGUUUUGUGCCUUUCGAAAACAACAAGCAGGCCCUUAGCGAAAUCAACGACGUCUCGGAAGGUGUUGCUUCUGAAACUCUGAUCUCAUUCCUCGAGUUGAAUCUUCCUAAGCCCAGCAAGAAGAAGAAGGUCGUGGUGGGAGUUGCUGACAAGGCUCUUGCCGGAAGUAUCAAGUCGGCCUUUGAUUUCGUUGACUGCGAAACCGGAGACACCAGUGAAAUCGUUCAGGAUAUGCUCCGUGGACUUAGAUUACACGUUGGCAAGCUCUUGAAGCAACUCCGUGAGGGCGAUAUUGAUACCGCGCAGCUUGGUCUUGGUCACGCCUAUUCGCGUGCCAAGGUUAAGUUCUCCGUGCAGCGCGAUGACAACCACAUCAUUCAGGCCAUUGCUAUCCUCGACCAGCUCGACAAGGCUAUCAACACAUUCUCCAUGAGAGUCAGAGAAUGGUACUCGUGGCACUUCCCUGAACUCGUCAAGAUUGUUUCCGACAACCAACGCUACGCUCAGCUUGCCCUUUUCGUGAAGGACAAGAAGAACUUGACUGACGAGAACCUGCACGACAUUGCUGCCCUUGUGGAAGACGAUGAGGGAGUUGCUCAGAGCAUCAUUGACGCUGCCAAGCACAGUAUGGGUCAGGAAAUCUCCGAGUCUGACAUGGAGAACGUGAUCUCCUUUGCGCACCGAGUCGUUAGCCUUUCUAAGUACCGCAAGUCUUUGCACACUUACCUGGUCUCCAAGAUGAGCGUUGUCGCACCUAACCUUGCUGCGCUGAUUGGAGAGAUCGUCGGUGCCCGCUUGAUCUCCCACGCUGGUAGCUUGACCAACCUGUCCAAGUACCCCGCAUCGACCGUCCAAAUUCUCGGUGCGGAGAAGGCCCUUUUCAGAGCCCUGAAGACCAAGGGAAACACACCGAAGUACGGACUUCUGUACCACUCUUCUUUCAUUGGCAGAGCCGGUCCCAAGAACAAGGGCAGAAUCUCUCGUUUCCUUGCGAACAAGUGCUCUAUCGCCUCCAGAAUCGAUAACUUCUCCGAGGAGCCAUCGACAAAAUUCGGAGAGGUCCUUAAGAACCAGGUCGAAGAGCGCCUGGAGUUCUACGCUACUGGCGCCGCACCCAUGAAGAACGAGCUCGCAAUGAAAAACGCCAUGGAUGCUGUCCUGGCCGACAUGGACAUUGAUGAUGACCAAAGCGACGAUGAGAUGAAGGAUGCCAAGGCCGAGACCCCCAAGAAGGAAGAGAAGAAGGAAAAGAAGGACAAGAAGGAGAAGAAAGAAAAGAAGGAGAAGAAGGACAAGGGUGAGAAGGAAGAGAAGAAGAAGAAGAGAAAGUCGGAUGUCGAUGGCGAAUCCGAGAAGAAGAAGCGAAAGCACGACAGCGAUGCUGAGCCGUCCAAGAAGAAGAAGAAGGUCUAA